AUGAAUGUUUUGGACGUGUGUUUUAGGAUUUUUGUUUAUAAGUACAUGCUUCAUAAACUCAAAGUUCUCACAUUUGCAGGGCUUGCAAAUUUUUUAUCAGAUGAAGAUCAUCUUGUUUCUCAAAAACUGGCUGCCUCACUAUCGGUAUCUGAAUUAUCAGAAUUUUAUUUUUAUGAUUGCGAAAAAUUUUUAAAGCUUAAAUCAAGACAGAAUCACGAUGAGAAAAAUGCUAAAAUUACGAAAGGACCAAAACCUCAGAGAGACAACAAAGCGAAAGUUGGUCAAAUCUUUUGUCAAAUGUCAUUUAAAGUAAAUGAAACAUUCUAUGAAAAGUUCAAUUUAAAAGGUAUCAUUGAAAUAAAAGAUUUUAGACCGGAUUUCAUUAAAGUUAACAAAAAAAGUUACGAAAUACGUGACGCAAAGUCUUCAAAGUGCGUACAAUCUUCUCAUAAGGUAAAAAUUUCAAAUACAUGUGGAAUUUAUUUGCCACCUUUCAAUUUACAACAAAUUAGUAUAAAGGAAUUGCUUCCGGAGAUUAAAGAUUUAUUUCGUGAAAGGUUACCACGAAUUAUAGAAACGUCAAUUCAAAAUUCAUCUUGGCAUUUUGAUUCAAGUUGUAAAAAUUGUUACUUUGUGCAUAAUUGUAAAAAAGAAGUCAAAGGUACCCUUGCACUGAUCACAAACUUAUCACGUAAACAAUUAAUAAACAUUAAGCGAGAUCUUGAAACAGAAGAGAGCGGAAUGAAUGUUGAAUUAGUUAAUGACGUUGACAUUGAAGAUUUGAUCAUUAAAUAUGAAAUCUCUCCUUAUAUGGAAAUGAAGUCUGUGCAGGCUCAGGGAAUAUGUCUUUAUGCUCGCGAUAAGAAAAUCAAGCAGAAAUUCCGACAAUCAAAAUCACUUUCAAAAGAUGAAGAUCUUAACAAGAAUCAUGAGGAACUUCCAGCACGUAACACGCGUGAAUUUCCACGAUUAAUCGUUUUAGAACAAUCGAUAAGAGAAAAUGUCGCAAUUUGCGUUCCCGGAUUUUAUUGUAUUACAGAUAUUUGGGAACAAUUGGUGGUGCCAAAGAUGCAUGAUCAAGUAUUGCUUAGGUCUUUAAAACCACAUGUUAAACAUAUCGAUUUUGAAUGUAUUUUUACUUUUUGGCAUUCUGCAGGUCCGAAACAAGUGAAUAAAUUUCAAUUGUUAAGAAUUGAUUUCGGAUAUGCGGUAAUAGAAGCUUAUUAUGAGCUACUUAAAGAAUCAAUUAACGACAACAGUACUUCUAAAUUAAUAUUUGACGCACCUGAAUUUACUUUAGCUUCCACCAAAACCUUUAAAAAUAAUUAUUUGGGUAAAUUAUAUUAUUUCAAACUACUUGAAGCAAGAGCUGAAUGUAAAGAUAAAAAGUCUCAAAGGAUGAGUGAUUAUUUGCAAAAUGAAUCUGCAUAUGGAAUUAAAAUUCAAUUUGAAAAGUUUAUUAAUAUAAAUUCGGAUCGGGUGACGCUAUUCACUACUUUAAGUAACGAACAAGAAUUAGAAAGCGAUCGACAUUAUAAACAAUUUAUGCUUGUUGAGGAUAGUCCCGAGGGAAUUCUGGAGGCUAUUAGAUUUUCAGAUUUGACCCAUAUGGAUGACCAAGAAGUUCAUUUCGAACAAAAAUCAACAUUUUUAUGUGUUCUUAAACUUGACUUGCUAAAUCGAAAGGUUUAUUUAACGGGAAUCAUAGACAUGCUUAUUGAAAUUGAUAAUCGAGGUGUUAAGUCGGUGUUUAUGGAUCUCUUGAUAAAUACAAAUAAUUGGUGUGAAGAAGAAUUAUUGGAAGGAAGACUUAAAAUUGUUUCGGGACCAGCUAGUUCUGAUAAAGUCGCGUCGCUGAUCAUGCGGCAUUUGAGUCAGCCAAUAGAUCAAAAUAGGAAUUACAUAAUUGGUGUAACGGCAUUGUCAAGGGAAGCUAUUCAAAAUUUACUGAAGGUAUUUCUUACUUUACCUACAAAAAUUAAAAUUCCCGGCGGAAAUCUUAUUGUAAUUGGAGGUACUGUUUGGGAUUGGUAUAAGUUAAGGAAAGCAUGGAAUCGUUGGCCUGGGUGCGACAUUAUGUUAAUCGAUGAAGGUUCCCAGGCAAUUUCAGAUGCUAGCAUUGCGAUUGAAUGCUUGAAGCCAAAAACCGGAAAGUUAAUUAUUGCUGGAGAUUCGGAAUUGAAGCCCUAUAUUCGAAAUAAAUUUCCUAAUGAUCAUCCUUUCUUAUUUGGAUCAAUCCAACAAUGCUUGAAUUCAUUGAAAAUGAGAAAUAACAAGCAUUAG